GGAGUGAGGAGGGUUGUGGUUCUGUGGCUGAGGGUUUGGUGAGGUCUGUGAUUGGGUUUUGUGUCAGUAGCGGGGCGGCAUCGUGGUGUGUGGUGCCCUGCUGAGCGAGGGCCGCAGCAACUCACCCCUAGGCACACCACCUCUGGCUAGGUCGCCGCCCGCAGGUACUCGUGAUGAUGGCGAUGAGUGGGUGGCGGUGGGCGGCCGUGACUCUGCUGUGUGCGGGGCUGGCGAGCGGCGUUCCUCUGGGGCAGCGGGUACCCUACGAGACACUGGAACUGGAGGAGGCGGCGCCGGUGGACAGGGCGAAGAGGGAGAUUGAUGUGCACACGACGUCCAAGCCAAGAUCUGGGUCUUAUCUACAUGCUCUGAACUUUAUGAAGAAGUUUGGCUACGUGGAGGACAAGGGAGACAACAACACAGGGUUUGUCUACACGCAGCAGACUCUACGAGAGGCGCUACUGAGGGUGCAGGAGUUCGGAGGCAUUGAGCAGACGGGCGAGCUGGAUGAGGCCACGGUGAAGCUGAUGGAGACGCCUCGCUGCGGGCUGCCAGACUUGAGACCAGAGGAUAUAGCGCAGCAGAACAACCACACCAGGAGGAAGAGAUACAUCAUUGGAGCGGAGGGGUGGAAUAAGAGGAGGAUAACAUACCACGUGGGCAACUGGAGUCCUCAGCUGCGCAACAAGGAGAUCGUUCAAAAGGAACUGAGGAGAGCCUUCGACGCCUGGUCCACCUACUCCCACCUGCAGUUCACAGAAAAAGACUCCACAGACGCUGACAUCAUUAUCUUCUUCGCCAGCCACGCACACGGGGACGGGUAUCCCUUUGACUACAACGGCGGCAUCCUGGCCCACGCCUUCUACCCCUACGAGUUUGGUAGCUACGGAGGGGAUGUGCACUUCGAUGAGAGCGAGAAGUGGAUCAUUGCCAAGUCCAAGGAUGACGAAGGCCUUGAUUUCUUCACGGUGGCGGUGCACGAGCUGGGCCACUCCCUGGGGCUCUCUCACUCCCCCGUGGAAGGCUCCAUCAUGUACCCUUACUACAUGGGAUUCAACAAGAACUUCGCCUUGCACUACGACGAUGUGAUGGCCAUGUGGGAGCUGUACAUCAAAAGGAAGCUGGAUGGAGAUGAUGAGUACUUCAACACCACCACCACCACCACCACCACCAGCAGGCCAGACACCGACCACCAAUCAGACGCGGCCAGUGACGACGAGGACGACACAGAGAACGAGGUGUGGGGAGGAGAAGACGAUAAGAAAGAAAAGGAGGAAGACUUUUACGAGAAGGACAAGAAGAAGAGGGAGGAGAUAGAGAGGGAGAGAGCGGAGGAACGAAGAAGAAAAGAGGAAGAGGAGAGAAGACGUCGUGAAGAAGAGGAGGAAAUUAGAAGAAGGGAGGAUGAGAUUAGAAGAAGAGAAGAGGAGGAGAGGAGGAGAUGGGAGGCGGAAGAGGAGGAGUGGCAAAGGACGGGAGGGGAUGGAGGUAAUGGCCCACCUGCCCCCUCCCCGCCUCCCUCCCAGCCCACCACUCCUGCCCCCUCCAUACCUGACCUGUGUGACGGAAGCUAUGACGCAAUGGCUAUCCUUCGUCAGGAAUUGUUCAUCUUUAAGGGCCAGUACUUGUGGCGGUUCAGGCAACGGGGGCGGGUGGUGCACGGCUACCCAACCACCAUCCACACACUGUUCCCCGCCCUGCCGAGCUACAUCGAGAAGGUGAACGCAGUCUACGAGAGGCCUGUGGACGGCAACAUCAUCUUCUUCAUAGGCAAAUACUACUACGUGCACAACGGGAACCAGCUGAUAGAGGGCUCGCCGCGCCCCCUCACUGACCUGGGCCUGCUUCCCAUUGUCACGGAGAUCAACGCUGCCUUCUACUGGCCUCGCGCUCUCAAGUCUUACUUCUUCACGCGCCACGGUUACUUUAGGUACAACGAGACCUCUGGCAAGAUGGACGAAGGUUACCCCAAGCCGAUGAGCAAGUGGAACGGGCUGCCUGAUGACGUGGACACUGUCUUCACCUGGCACGACCGCCAGUCUUACUUCCUGAAGGGCACGCAGUACUGGCUGUACGACAACGAGAAGAUCAGGCCAGCAGAGGGCUACCCGCAGGACGCGCCUUCCUUCUGGGCAGACUGUCCCUCCAAACACUAGACGCCAAGACUGUUGUUAUUAUUAUUAUUAUUAUUAUUAUUAUUAUUAUUAUUAUUAUUAUUGUUGUUUUAUUUGGAUUAUUGAUAUUAUUAUUGCAUUGUUAUUAUUAUUAUUAUUAUUAUCAUUAUUAUUAUUAUUAUUAUGAUCAUUAUAAUUAUUAUGGAUAGUUUUGCAUUAGUUUUAUAUAUAUGUAUACUGGUGACCUUUUUGUACGCAUACAGAAAUAAAAUAAUAUCUUUUCUUUGUA